AUUCACGAAACAAUAUCUUAGAUUAUUGAGAUAUCUAGUAACCCCUCAUUCGAACACGAGCUAUUUACUAAUAACUGUGUGUAGACUUCCACUCGUCCCCCUAAACAUCGAGACUAUCUUAGGAGAGACGACUAUCGCUAAAAGGAGAAAAAAACUCAAUGAAAUCACAAAGCGGCAGAAUGUUGGGGAUAUAUACACCAUGGCACUGUAAAGAAUCAAUGCACAGAAGGGGAGAAAAUCUCGGCUAGACAUGGAUGCUCUGAUGUGAAUAUCAUAUUCAGAGGAUCCAUUCGAGCUGGAGGAGCUAUUUGAAGCCUUGGGGGUAGGACUCGGGACCUCUAAACUGGACCGUAAUAAUCUCCCUUCUAUACGAAUAGUAGUGGGAUGCUCUCUUGGAUUGAUCACAGUCGAUCCAUCAUCAUCAAAGGUCCGUCUUGUCCAUUUUACUCAUCAGGAAUAUCUGCAUGCCAGCCCUACACUUUUCCACAG